ACGAGAGUCGACUCCCGAAUGUGAUAGCUAAAGGAGGUGCUUAACGGUCAGAUCCAGACAUUCAAACUUCUCUGCGUGCAACGAAAUCAGUAGCUUCAUUUAAUUUGAAAAUCAUGGACGAAGACAGCACUUGGGAAUUUAACGCUCCUCAACAUUACUGCGAUUUACCAUCUGCCCUCAACGACGAUGAUACCGAGCUAGCUGAUCAAUAUUUUUUUGCUAAGGCAGAUGAUACAGUGUAUGAAGAUAUUACACCUCAUGAGGAGGAAGACCAUUUUGCUGCAAUGAUAUGGAAUGAACAUGUGCCGUCUGUCAAGGAAGAAGAGAAAGAAUAUCCUGUAAUUAGGAGAAGGUCUCGUUCAGUUGGAAGUAGGCCUCUGUAUAAAAAACAGCAUGACGGUUCACCUCCCAGAAUUAAUUCAAAUGUUUUUAAGAAACCGGCCCCUAAAGCCCAAGCUCAAGCUGUCAAAAACAAUGAGGAUUCUGAUCAAUAUUUCAUAGGGGGUUUGCGAUCUUACAAUCAUGUUAGAACUCAUGAAGUUCCAAAAGUUACAAAACCAAUGCCUUUUAAUUUAACUGAGUCUAAGAAAAAAGUUGUUCAGGUGGCACAAUCUAAUCCCAGUAUGGCUGAAGGUGUUCAAAAUUGGCAAAAAAAGACUCCUGAGCGUUUCCAUUCAUCGCGACAUGGAGAAGUCUAUCGGAUGGUGGAGAGAGUUGAAAUGCGUACAACAGAAGCGCAUACACCUCAGCUUAUGGCCGCCAAACGUCACCGGCCAGUUCACGCUUUGAGUCGCGAAGAAAAAGAACGAAAUGAGUUGGAAGAAAUGAAAAAGAGCCAAUUUAAAGCUCAUGGCGUGGACGAAAAGAUUUUUAAAGCCCCAAUUCUGCCCGUCAAGAAAGAAGUAAAGUGUACAAAAGUAGAGCCUUUUCACCUUACAGAGUCUCAUAAAAAGGAGAAUGUUCCCCCUUGUGACUCGGAAGCAAACGAUUAUACAUUCCAUGCAAAGCCUGCACCAAAAUUCGAGGUUCCAUCCGUGGACCGAAAACAAUUUAUACCACCAACUAUUCCUCAAACACCCAAAUUCAGCGACGCUGGCAAAGCCUCGCUAUAUUCGUGGCGUGAGAGACGACAGCGUUCAAGGUCUAAUGGGAGCUUGACAGCUGGUCGCAGCUCCUCCAAUGGUUCCCUUACAUCUACAGGAGAGCGCUUAAAAUCAACUGUUGUGGAACCUUUUAGCUUCGAAGAUCGUGAUAAACUUUUGCAGCGUAAAAAAGAGAAAAAAAUUGAGAAGGUUGUGGAAGAAGAGCGCAAGCAAAGAGAAUUUCAUGCAAAUCCUUGUCCGAAUUUCUCGCAUCCUGCUAUACCGGAAAGACCAACGCUCACAACUACAAAAGCCGCACCAUUUCAACUUAGUUACGAUACGCGCGGAGCCUCGAGAAAAGAAAAGUUUCUCUCUCAGUUGGCAGAAAUGCGCCUUGAAGAACGUAAGGCAUCACAAUUCAAGGCUCAACCAGCAAAAGUUCUCAACAAGGAACCCUUCAAAGUAAAGUUAGAUCAUAGUCAGGGCAACGUUACGGAUGUCGUUGAAUUUUCUUUGACUACGGUGAAACGGGCGGCGGAACGGAAAAACUUUGACCAGUUUUUGAAAGAGCGAGAACAGGAAAAAGAGAUGCACAAACUGAGGCGCGAGCAAGAAAAACUCCAGAUAGAGGCGGAACAAGCAGCUCGAUUGCGCGAAGAAACUGUUUUCUUUGCAAAUCCGAUUCGUCAUUUUAAAACUGUAGAAAUAAAGAAGGCCGAUACGGAAAUCCUCACGGUUCCCAAGACUCCAAAAUUCAUGAAAAAGUAACAAGUUGCGCAACGAACUAAUGCAGCAGAAUCUUAACCUUCCGUAAUUUUUUAUGUACUUUACAAGCAAUAUAUUCUUUCUCUAAACUUGCGCUUCGAUCAUAAUCUGAAAUACACUUAGUUUAUCCAAGAAA